AUUUCGAAAUGCUUGUUGGGUUAAUUCAUCAUAUUCCACAGAGAGAACAUUAAGCAACGGCCACAAACUGGCGGAUCAACUUGAAUGUUAUCGCUUAUCACAUAAUGAGCAAAGAAUCUAUCCACGUUGGUGGUGUGGCGGUGUAUCAGGUGCAGUAACACAAUUUUUUACAUCGCCAUUCGAUUUGAUCGAGACACGUAUGAUGGUUAUACGAAAGGAUAAAUCCAUGAUAGAAAUGAUGAAAACGGCAAUUAAGAACGAUGGAAUUCUUUCACUCUAUGAUGGUUUAAGUGCUCAACUUUUACGUCAAUUGACAUAUACGGCGCUACGAUUUCAUAUCUAUGAAUUGGGCAAACAACAUUAUGUGGAUGAAUAUAAUUUCAUACAUAGAGUAUUUGUGGCCAGCAUUGCGGGUCUAUUAGCUGGUUGUGUAGGCGUACCCACUGAAGUGGUCAAUACUAGAAUGCAUGUGGAUCGAGCUUUGCCCAAAGAAAGCCGACUAAAUUAUCAAAAUGUAUUUGAUGGUCUAUACCGGAUUUAUCGAGAAGAGGGUUGCCAAACUCUAUAUAAUGGUUGGGCCUUAUCGUGCAUGCGUGCAGCCUUAUUAACCAUUGGUCAAAAUGCAGUUUAUGAUCAGGCCAAAUAUCAUUAUAUGAAAUAUUUCAAUUUGGAUCAUGAUAACAAAAUGGUACAUUUGAUGAGCUCGACAACUGCUGCGUGUGUCUGUGGUCCCAUUUUGCAACCAAUUGAAGUGCUUAAAACAAUUAAAAUGAAUGCCAAAAGCGGUUACUUUAAAAGCACGAUCGAUGAAUUUAACUAUAUGAUGCGUUUUGGUAUACGGGGACUAUUUCGUGGUAUGGUACCAUCUUUGUUACGUUUGGUACCAAAUACGAUUAUAAUAUUUUUAGUAUAUGAACAAUUACGCCUUAAAUUUGGUUACUAUGUCAAAAAUGUCGACUGAUGGCAAAAGGAACCACCAAAGAACAAAAAAAUACGUAAAAUAUACAUACACACGGCCCCAAAACCCAAAUAUAUAUUCAAAUUGGGAUUUAUCAAUUGUAAUGCUUAAAUCCAAUGCCACAAAAUGCCUGUCAAAUUGAUUAUUGAAAAUUUUUUCUUCAACUAAAAUGAUAUAUAUA